GCGCCUUGGGGCCGCAGGAGGAGUCGCGGGCGCGCCGGGAGGGAGGCGGCGGCGGCGGCGGCGGCAUGGCCUGGGGGCCCCGGGGCGCCGGCUUCCCGCCUGGGCGCCUGCUGCCGCUCCUGCCGCUGCUCAGCCUGGCCCUCGGCGUGCCCCGAGCGCCGGGCGCGGACGCUUUAGAUGUCUGUGCCACUUGCCAUGAACAUGCUACCUGCUUGCAAAGAGGAGGGAAGAAGAUGUGUAUUUGCAAAUACGGAUUUGUGGGCAAUGGGAGGACUCGAUGUAUUGAUAAAAAUGAGUGCCAGUUCGGAGCCACUGUGGUCUGUGGGAACCACACAUCUUGUCACAAUACACUCGGAGGAUUUUAUUGCAUUUGCCUAGAAGGAUAUCGAGCCACAAACAACAACAAGGUGUUCAUCCCCAAUGACGGCACCUUUUGCACAGACAUAGAUGAGUGUGAGGUUUCCGGCCGGUGCAGGCAUGGAGGACGGUGUGUGAACACUCGUGGGAGCUUUGAAUGCUACUGUAUGGAUGGAUACUUGCCAAAGGGUGGGCCUGAGCCUUUCCAUCCAACCAGAGAUGCCACGUCGUGCACAGAAAUAGACUGUGGCACCCCUCCUGAGGUCCCAGAUGGCUAUAUCAUAGGAAAUUAUACCUCUAGGCUUGGCAGCCAGGUUCGUUAUGCUUGCAAAGAAGGAUUCUUCAGUGGCCCAGAAGAUACAGUUUCAAGCUGCACAGCCUUGGGCACAUGGGAAUCCCCAAAAUUAAAUUGCCAAGAGAUCAACUGUGGCCGCCCCCCGGAAGUGCAGCAUGCGGUCCUGGUGGGGAAUCACAGCUCCAGCCUGGGCGGUAUGGCUCACUAUGUCUGUCAAGAGGGCUUUGAGAGCCCUGGAGGAAAGAUCACUUCUGUUUGCACAGAGAAAGGGAUCUGGAGAACAAGUACUUUGUCAUGCACAGAAAUAAUUAUAGAAAUUAAUGACGUGUCAGUGUUUAAUAACACUUGUGUGAGGUGGCAAAUAAACCCAGGAAGAAUAAACUCCAAGAUCGUAUAUGUGAUAUACAUAAAAGGACAACAGUUGGACCCUAUGGAAACAGUUCAUGAGGAGACAGUUAAUUUGACCACAGACAACAGGACCCCAGAAGUGUGCCUAGAUCUGUACCAGGGCACCAACUAUACCAUGCACAUUUCUAUUGCCUCUCCCAGACGCUCUGUGCCAGCCAUCAUUGGGUUCCAGACAACUGGUGAUGAUCUCUUAGAAGAUGACAGGAUUUUCAAUAUUUCAAUACUUAAUGAAGCUUGUUUGAAAUUGAACAGGCAUUCUAGGAAAGUUGGAUCAGAACGAAUGUACCAUUUUAAAGUUCUAGGUCAAAGGUGGUAUCUGAAUAAUUUUUAUCACGCAACAUCAUUUAACUUCACAACGAGGGAACAAACCGCAGUGGUGUGUUUAGAUCUGUAUCCAGCAACUGAGUACACAGUGAAUGUCACCCUCCUGGGAUCUCCCGAGCAGCACUCAGUGCAAAUAACAAUAACAACUGCACCAGCAGUAAAACAGACCAUCAGUAACAUUUCAAUAUUUAAUGAAACCUGCUUGAGAUGGAGAAGUAUGAAGACAGCUGAUAUAGAGGAGAUGUAUUUAUUCCACAUUUGGGGCCAGAGAUGGUAUCAGAAGGAAUUUGCCCAGGAAAUGGUCUUUAAUAUCACUGCCAGCAGCCAGGCUCCUGAGACGUGUUUGGACCUGAGGCCAGGUACCAACUACAGUGUCAGCAUCCAGGCUUUGUCUUCUGAACUUCCUGCGGUCAUCUCCCUGACAACGCAGAUAACAGAGCCUCCCCUUCCGGAAGUAGACUUUUUCACUGUGCACGGAGGGCCUUUACCACGCCUGAGACUGAAGAAAGCCAAGGAGAAAAAUGGACCCAUCAGUUCAUAUCAGGUGUUAGUGCUUCCCCUGGCCCUCCAAAGCACAUUUGUUUGUGAUUCUGAAGAGGCUGCCUCAUUCUUUAGCAAUGCUUCUGGUGCUGAUGGAUAUGUGACGGCAGAACUGCUGGCCAAGGAUGUUCCCGAUGAUGCCAUAGAGAUAUCUAUUGGAGACAGGCUGUACUAUGGGAAAUAUUAUAAUGCACCCUUGAAAAUAGGGAAUGAUUACUGCAUUAUAUUACGAAUCACAAGUGAAUGGAAUAAGGUGAGAAGAAGCUCCUGUGCAGUUUGGGCUCAGGUAAAAGAUUCAUCGCUCACGCUGCAGCAGAUGGUAGGCGUCGGGCUAGGCUCCCUGGCUGUUGUGAUUGUCCUCGCAUUCCUCUCCUUCUCAGCAGUGUGGCUGCUGCUGCAGACCCCUGCAGACCUCUGUAAAGAGAUCACUCAGAUGGGGCUGGAGCUAGAAUAG